AUUACUGUCACGUCAAAUCGGCUAAAAUCAAGUUGCCUGCGUCGGUAAAUCUGAGAUAGGUUGCCGGCGAAAAUUUUCAUGCAAUUUAUAUUGCAUACUUUGUUGUUUUUAUAUAUGUAUUAAGAAUAUUGUAUUUAUAUAACCCAACAAAAUGACUGUGGAGGUGCAGAGCAAGGCGAAGCUGUCUCAGCUUUCGUCUGAUAAACAACUAACAUUCAUAAAGUUAGCUGUUUUAUCGAUGGCAGCAAUUUUAUCUUUCGCGACUCGUCUCUUCUCUGUUCUACGAUUCGAGAGUGUUAUACACGAGUUUGAUCCGUAUUUUAACUACAGAACUACUCGUUUUCUUACGGAAGAAGGAUUUUAUCAGUUCCAUAACUGGUUUGAUGAUAGAGCAUGGUAUCCCUUAGGUCGUAUUAUUGGAGGUACGAUCUACCCUGGCCUGAUGGUGACCUCUGCUACACUCUACAAUAUAAUGCAGUUUCUGAAUAUAACCAUUGACAUCAGAAAUGUCUGUGUGUUUUUAGCACCAUUUUUCUCAUCUCUCACAACUAUUGUGACAUAUUUACUCACUAAGGAAUUGAAGGAUGAAGGAGCAGGCUUAGUCGCAGCUGCAAUGAUUGCAAUAGUUCCUGGAUACAUUAGUCGUUCAGUUGCUGGAAGCUACGACAAUGAAGGUAUCGCCAUAUUCUGUAUGCUGCUCACCUAUUACUUCUGGAUCAAAGCAGUUAAUACCGGAACUAUCCUGUGGGCUACUAUGACUGCAUUGGCAUAUUUCUACAUGGUAUCAUCGUGGGGAGGCUAUGUCUUCCUCAUCAACCUCAUCCCCCUCCACGUGCUGGCCCUAAUGCUGCUGGGUCGCUUUUCGGCACGCGUGUACGUCGCGUAUAGCACCUUAUAUUGCGUUGGAACCAUCUUGUCUAUGCAAAUAUCAUUCGUUGGUUUCCAACCUGUUCAAAGUUCGGAACAUAUGUUGGCUCUUGGUACCUUUGGCUUAUGCCAGUUGUAUGCCUUCACGCAAUACUUGCGUGAGCAUCUAUCACCGGCCAACUUUGAAUUGCUGUUCAAAGCAUUGUUGACAACACUCCUGGCAACACUUGGCACAGCGCUUGUUGUUUUAACUGUUACUGGUAAAAUUUCGCCAUGGACUGGAAGAUUCUAUUCUCUGCUAGACCCUUCAUAUGCCAAGAACCACAUCCCAAUUAUCGCAUCGGUUUCCGAGCAUCAACCGACAUCGUGGUCUUCGUUCUACUUCGACCUGCAAGUGCUGGUGUUCCUGUUCCCCGCCGGACUCUACUUCUGCUUCACGAAACUCACCGAUGCGAAUAUCUUCAUCAUACUGUACGGCGUGCUUAGUAUUUACUUUGCGGGCGUGAUGGUGCGACUGAUGUUGGUGCUGGCGCCCGUCAUGUGCGUGGUGUCGGGAGUCGCCGCCUCCAGUCUGCUGAGUCUGCACGUCAAGGACAUCGAACCGAAGGUCGAGAAGCACGAUAAGAAGAAGAAGCACGAGAACAACUUCGUAUUUAGAUCUGAGGUGGGCGCGCUGUUCGUGUGCGUGCUGGGCUGCCUGCUGGUGUCGUACGUGUUCCACUGCACGUGGGUGACGUCGGAGGCCUACUCGUCGCCCUCCAUCGUGCUGUCGGCGCGCGCGCACGACGGCGCGCGGAUCAUCUUCGACGACUUCCGCGAGGCCUACACCUGGCUCAAGAUGAACACCCCGCAGGAUGCAAAAGUGAUGUCAUGGUGGGAUUACGGCUAUCAGAUAACGGCUAUGGCGAAUCGAACGGUGAUAGUGGAUAAUAAUACUUGGAACAAUACGCACAUAUCGCGAGUGGGACAAGCCAUGGCGUCCAGCGAGGAGCACGCCUACGAGAUCAUGAGGGAGCUGGACGUGGACUAUGUGCUGGUCAUAUUCGGAGGACUGGUGGGGUACUCGUCUGAUGAUAUCAACAAGUUCCUGUGGAUGGUGCGCAUCGGCGGCAGCACGGAGCGCGGCGCGCACAUCCGCGAGGCCGACUACUACACCGGCGCCGGGGAGUUCCGCGUCGACGCGCACGGCUCCCCCACGCUCCUCAACUGCCUCAUGUACAAGAUGAGCUACUACAAGUUCGGGCUCGUCUACACCGAAGGAGGUCGCCCCCCCGGCUACGACCGCGUGCGCGGCGCAGAGAUCGGUAACAAGGACUUCAACCUGGACGUGUUGGAGGAGGCCUACACCACCGAGCACUGGCUCGUGCGCAUCUACAAGGUGAAGCCGCUGCCCAACCGCGGCCUCUGAGCGACGACUGAGACCGACUGUGUGUUCGGUAUAUGUGCUCCGACUAAACAUUUCUUUAAAAAUUUAUCAACUCCGAAACCCGAAAAACGAAUUCCUCUGAAAGAAAUUUUUAACGACUUUCUAGCUAAAAGCGUUGGAGCUAAGCAUAAAAUAUUUAUAAUUCUGGAUUAAUGUCGCCUAAAUCGUGUGAGAUAUAAAUAUUAUGUAACAGUGUCACGAGUGGCGUUAGAGGAGCACAAAACAUAAACAUUACCACUGUUAAAGUUUUAAUACGAACUGUCGUCAGCUGUGACAAUGAUCCGUUUAGGUAUAAAUAAUUAAUGUGAUAAUGUUACAUUAAUACAAAGUUCCAAAUCUUACCGACAAUGUUUGUUUUUUAAUACUAAAAGGUAGUUAGUGUAUGUGUGAAGUUUAUAAGUAGAAAAGGAAUAAGUUAUUAAUAAUAUCGUGCAUUGUAUAAAUGGAAUUAAACAUGCUAACUACCUAAACAAAUAGUGUAUAGAAUUUUGUAAAGAAAUAAUAAUGAAUUUCUUAUUUAUCUCAUAGGUAAUUUUUCAUAUGUUAUAAAUAAGUACAUUCUCAUCUCUCAAUAGAGUCGCAAAACUAUCGAUAUUUCGCGUCGAUAACAAGUCACAAUUUUAUACUAUUGGUUACAAAAAAUCCUAAAUUCUUAAAUAUUUAAUUCGUAAAUAAGUCCAUAGUGUUCUUUAUUAUCAAUAAUGGCUUUGUGAAUAGUAUCCGAAGUUAAGGUGUAAGACAAUCGAUACUACUUUAUUUAAAUAUGUUGGUAUGUUUUCCUUGAUUUUAUAGAUGUAGCAAAGUUUAUAAAAUAAUUCAUUUUAAUACAUUUUUAUUGCACUGCCUUCUAAUGUUUGUAUUUAUAUUGGUUUUGAUUAGUACAAGAUCUCACCUCAAACCAUCAACAUGUUACUUUAAUUAAUGGAUUUGAAUAUUGCAAUGCACUUAACAUAUUAAAAAACCAAAAUUAACAUUAUAAAAUAUGAGCAAUUUUGCACAUUCUGCCAAAAUGAAAUUUGUACAAUAUUAAUGAGGGCAACAUGAUAAACUAUGAGCAGAAUGUCAAUAAUUUUGACAAAUUUCAUUCUCUUCAUUCUCAAAGAAAGAACAAUCAUUUUAUUUCCUUUAAAACCAUGACUUUCUUUAAUUUGAUUAAAACAUGUUUUAUUUUAAAACAAAAAUUUAUGAAUGAAAGAACACUUCCGUUGUGUCCAAUAGAGCGUUUUUCACUCAAACAUAACAUCAUCUCAAUGCUACCGAAUUCAUCAUCAUCUUACUCAUAACAGUUGCUAUAUGAACUUGAACUUAAGAAAUUAGAAAAUACAAGCUUGUGUAUCAAAUAUUUAAGAGAUUGUUAAGAAAUCUACUACAUAAAUAAAAAUUUAGAUUAAUCAAGGGUCAAAUAUGUCAAAAAUAUUAAUUAUAUUUGUUGUAGUAAUGAGACAAGUUCAUUGGUGCUCAGUAUAGAAUACAAUAACAAAAUAAUUUAAGGCUUUGGUAAAUAAUUCUCGAUGAAUAACGCCUUAUUUUAUCUUAUCGCACAAAAUAUCUUCUAAAAUACUGUUAGAAAAAUUAAAUUGCGAAAAGUUACAUAAAAAAAUUGGACAAUUUUAAUAAUUAAAUCACUAGAUUAAUGUAUGAUCAAUGUAAUAACUGUAA